GAACUUGAUCAUAGCUGCGGAUAGCGCAUCGCGCAUUUUUUGUUAAGAGGUUUCUAUUUAGAAAGUUCCGCUUUUAUUGACCCAACCCAUGGAUUUUUAUGAUGCAGUGCAUCGCCGCUUCACACUGUGUAGCCGACACAGCCCCCCUUCCACUCAGUCCCGCUGUUUGUCUUCUAUACGUACUUGGUGAUUUCUCAGGCCAAAUGAAUUUCGCUUUUUUGGAAGCUUUUUACUUUCUUAGUUACUUGCUGUUGUGUAUACCUCGAUGAUGUUCAUAUCAUCUUCUAAUAACGCGGAACCCUACAACGACGAUUCCCAGAGCGCAGAAUCCUUCGAUGCUGUUGGUCAUGACUUUGGGGAUCAUGACGGCACUUUAGACUCUUCCCUGCCUAGUCAUACAGUGGCAUCUGGUUUUGAUGCAUCUACCACCUCAUUGCCCUGUCCUAUUUGCGGAGACCGCGUUUCCGGUUACCACUACGGUUUACCUACCUGUGAGUCUUGCAAAGGAUUUUUUAAACGGACGGUGCAAAACAGGAAAGAAUAUCAUUGUACGGAGCAUGGAAAUUGCACAAUUGAUCGCGUUCAUCGAAAGCGAUGUGCAUAUUGUCGGUUUCAGAAAUGUCUCACCGUGGGAAUGCGUGUGGAUGCGGUACGCAAAGAUCGUAUGCGCGGUGGUAGAAGCCGACGAGGCAGGACAACAUAUCAAUCCAAUGAAAUUGACUCUAUUCAAUCUGGUGAUUUCACUGACUUCUCAGCUUCGCCUGGAAUGAAUAGAAGAAAUUCUGCGAGCGAUUUAUCUGACAACAUGACCACCACCGCGCCUCAUUUGGCACCCGCCACCUCAAUCCCACUGUUUGGUUCUCUUGGUUUGGAAACGCAACUCACCAAUCCACAUUUCAGCCACGCGAAGCCUACUUCGGAUGAACAGCAUCAUCUUUCCGCUUACGCAACACGUUUAUGCGAUUACCCACUUUCGAGAAGGAUUCCUCAGCCUGUGACACAGUCUCAUUUGUCGCCUGUUAGCUCACCGGAACAGCAAAAGCCAUCGUCUACCGCUGCUAGUAGUCCUCCCAUAUCGUUAAAGGACACGACGGCCUCCAGUCAGCGCUGGACUCCCACCGCCAUGGCCUUGGCAGCAGCCGUUGCCGUUGUUGCUGCUUCCACCCCAGCAUCAACUCAGGUUCCUUCACAAACUUCAGUGAAUCCACCCAGCUGCACGAGUGUGUCGGACAUGGCAAUAAAGUUGGAGUGCACGACCCCUCACACUCAAUCAUCUGGCCCCACUUCGGCCAUCUGCGCCCCACGUGAAAUGGCGGGGGAUUCUGCCCCUGCGCAUCUAUUAGACCAGUCAUCCACAAAGCGAUUCCGGAUUGGCGGCUCUGAAUAUCUUUUCCCACACAGUCUGGAUCUUGCUACCUCGAAUUCCGAUCGUCCUUUGCACUCCUUAGGAUCCACAAAUUAUCUGGAGCAUUCAGCAGCUUUGGGUUUCGGCCAAGUCUUAACUCACCUUGGUAAAUAUUCUGGCCAAAAUGAGUACUGGCCAUCUCCCCAGCAAGUUUUCUCGCACUCUGCUCAUACUGGCUACGGAUCAGAUACGCCUGGAGGUUUACACUCGCAAAAUGCUUCCUCCAGGCACUCAGCCACGGAGUAUCCCACUUUCACUCGCGUCCCACCAACUGACGUUCUGCCAACUACCAGUGCUUACUCAUCUCCUGCUCCUGUGCUCGAUUCGUAUCACGAGGUUCACGCGCUAUCCAAACGUCUGGUUUCCUCCACAAAUACGUAUUUGGCGCCUCAUUCUAAUUCAUCCUUGGACGCUUCUUCACUAUUGCCUCAAUCCGCUACUAUCAAUCGGUCAUGCAGCCAGCCACUUAACGAGGCCUUUCGAUUUCAAUCAACAUCCUUUAAUCUUCCACACAGUUUCCCACAAGCACUCAAACCUACUUUGAUUACGACUUCGUUGGCGCCGUUCAACACCGACUGCCAGCAUGUGAAUCACCGUGAUCCACUCACUUUGGGAUUGGUCCCCGGUGUUGGCGGGAAUAGUGUGCUCUCGGAUGCGACUCUGUUCACUGCCGGGCAUCGCAGCCGACCCGCAGAGAUUAGUACCAACACAGCCAGCAACAACAGCGCCAGUAAUCUAACCGACGGGAUGGCAGUGCCGGAUCAUGGUGGUGAAAGUGGUCCUAAUAGAGACCGCACUCGAAGUAGAGGUAAUCCGUUCAGUGCAACAGUUGAUGCUGGCUGCUGUGAGGAAUCGGGCGUCGCGACAGAUUACGAAGAUGACGAUGAUGGUGACGAGGGUUCUUCAUUCGAUGACGAAGAAAGUGAUGGGUCUAUCGAUGAAUUCGCCCUAAUAUCAGUCUCCACCGAUUCACAACCGUUCCCAACUGAGGAGAAUGGAAAAUCGACCUCACAUUCUUCCUAUCCGUCAAUAGCGGAUUCCCGCGGCAACCAUGGCAUGCGGAAAGUUUCACUCGAUCUGACUCAACUUUUCGCUGUCGCUGCUGAUCACGAUCAGAAACUAGGCGAACUCAUACAACAAUUCAUCCCACAAAUAAAAAUGCAUUUAACUGAGCUACACCACGCCCGGCGAUUUGUACACGAAAAAACGAACGAUCUACUAACCGAUGCUGCGCCUUUUCCAUCUAACGGCGCACCAUUGGGCCACUUUGUCAAGCAUGAACCUGACUCAGGUACCUCCGAUUCCAAGUUGUCUACACCGGAACAGACAUACGCCACCGAUGGGGCCGUCGCAGAUUCCAUUAGCAGUACAACUCCACAGACUACGCUGGCGUCUUUUGGUUUUGGUAAUCUCUGUCCUGGCUCAUCCUCUCGAUCCUACCUGGAGCAGCUGGGAUCCACCGGCCCUAGUGGGACUGGCACGUCCAUCGCACCUGAGCGAUUAUCCCCACCUGCCGCAGAGUACCUCUUAUGCUCCUUAUGUUGUCUCUUGGAGAACUGCUUAUUUCAUCUAGUCGACUGGAUGGGUCAAACGGAAUUGUUCAAAGUUAUACCAGUCAAGGACAAAAUGCAGCUGCUAAACAGCAGUUGGAGCGAAAUUGUCCUGCUUGAGUAUCUACACUGUUAUCUUCUUCACUGCCACGACAAUGGUGAUCCAAGCCAGACAAGCCACAGUGUUGAUCAUCCGUCUAUUCGAACAGGCUGGACAUCACCUCGAGCUCAGGAUGCUCCACACUCCAACUCUUCACCCGGCGUGGCAUCCAGUCUCCCACAUUCAGUAUCCAGGGAAGUAUGUGAUCUGAUGGAUUCUACACUCGAAUGGUUCCUUGGAGAGUCGGAAUUCCGUCGAAAGCUGGAUGAUUUGAUGAUGCAGUUUGAGCGUUUGAAAUUGAGUCAGCAAGAAUUUACCUGCUUGAAAUUUCUCGCACUUUUCAAUCCGGCUAAGCAUGAUAUGUCACUCAAUUUCAGCCAAUCCUACGUUAUCAGCGUGCAGGGCAAGCUCUGUCGCUUCUUACUUCGCCAAUCUCGACGCAUCUCGCGUGCACUUGUCUGUACUUCAUCACAGAAUGUCAGUGCAUCUUCUUACUGGACUUUGGCCUCAUCUAGUCUUCAAUCUUCCAUGGGCGUCAGUGCGCUUCAUUGCACCGCGACAGACAGAUUUGCAAAACUUUUGCUGCAGUUGGCGGAAGUGAAAUACCUUGCUUUUCAGCUGGAAAGUUUCCUUCUGACUCGAUAUCGAACAGGGAAAAUUCCCCACGAGAGUUUGCUCACUGAAAUGUUGCUCACCAAGCGGUCUCGCCCCCUUAUCGUCACCUAUACUCACACACAUCCAUCGAACGGAACCGAUCUUGGUCCACCAGCCACCACCACGAAACCGACAACAGCCCCCAUGUCCUCAGGUCCUUUGGCUAAUCUCUCUGCCUCAGCCAAUCAGUACUCCUCCGUGGAUCCCAAUUCCCUCGCUCACCUGUGUCCUUCUGCUACUCCCUUAGGCUGCUCCAGCACUGACACUCGAUUACCCCACUUAUCUGCCCCAUUUAGUUCAUUUGAUGAUUCUGUUAUCCCAACCUCUGUGCUCUCGUGAAUCUUCGCAGACGCUUGUUUGCGCCAUCACUGCUGCCUUACUCCGCGUUGACCAUCAGGGACAUCCACCACUCUUCCUCUUAUAGAUUUGGUUCCAACCGAUGGAAACCAUGUUCCCCUUCUUCUUGGCCGGUAGUCUUCCUCCUAGUCAUCAUCUACGUCGGACCAAUGUCACCUCUUUUACGCACUCCUCGGCUGUGACUGAUCAUUCAUUCAAACGCACAUCGUUUGCUACUACGCGGCCGUUCUACUCAGCUACUAUCCCUCUGCUCCUGCGUAUGUCCGUCCGUAUUCGUGAGAUCGACACAUUAUUACUCAGCUCUCUGGGCAAUCUACCUCACUCCUCUUCCAACCAUUUUGCUCUUCGUCUUGAGGACUCUUACAUUCGCACCCCGAUUUGCCUUGUAUGCUUUUUUAAAUGAUUCCUUCACAUUUACUCUGGUUUCUUCAUCCAGAUCCAAGCUGAUCCCACAGAUUUUACAUUCAGCCGUCCUUGGAACGUGUACAAAGCAUGCUUUUAUAUAUCUUUGUUGCCGCUGGUUGUUGUCAAACCUUUGACGGUACACCGAUCAGGUUUUCCUUGUCGAUGCGUUCGGGGUAUUUUUUUGGCCUUUCCUUUGUGACCUCAGGUGUUUCACUCUCCUUUUUACGCCAGCAACGUAGUAUCGGUACAUUUAACCGCACUACAUCCUACUGCAAACACUCUAGACACAUUCGCUCAGAAAUUGCUUGGCAUUCCAUGCAUUUAUUCAAUUACCCUCCUUCUCACCCACCUUUCGCCACUAGUUCUGAUAUCAAAUCGUUGUCACCUCCAACUAAAAUGCAUGUUCUUUCGAUUUGUGCACAGUUUUGGUGAGCAUCUGUAAAAUACGGUCUGUCUGUCAAGCGCAUUACUAUCACUCCUAACUGACAAGAUGCCUUUCAAUUUGGUCUUCUUAUUCAUCGAAUUAUCGGCUGCGUUUAUGUGUCAUACUGAGGGAAAACACUCGAAUUUACUUCUUUGAUUUUUACUACUUCUGUGCAUUUUGAUCCCCUCGUAGUUGGCUAAAGCGAUUCAAAACUUCACUUACUACCUUUCUAUUGCGGAACCCACAAAUACUUUAAGCCUAUGCAAUUGGUGCUUAUGCCUUGCUUGUUGCUGUUGCAUUAUCAAUGAUCGCUUACUGUUGUUUCAAUACUCUCAGAUGGGAAGCAUCCAUUGUACUAUAUCUCUGUGCACAACCACGAUGCCACACUGCCGUCCCAAUACUUUCUUCUCUCUAACUCCAUCGAGAUCCUCCUUCAUGGCAGCUUCAUGUUUUCCACAGCCCGCUCCAUGGCGUCUCACCACCCAGUUUUCUUAGGGCCCUCUUGUUUUCUUUAUUUUACCGAUAUCAAAAAGUAGCACAUCGUCCUCACCUUCAACCCUUACCAUGUACCUGCUGUCGCUUCUGUCACUCUAUGACAGCCCUCUCACUUGCCUUGUGCCAAUGUGACUCGAAAUACAAGCACAUUUUUCGACUCACUGGUUUCAA